AGUAAGGCUGCUGCCAAGACUGGCUCUUCCAAAUACCAGUGGGGAAUCAUGAAGGCUCUGGGUCUUUCUGAUGAAGAAGUAGUCCGUUUUUCUGAAGCUGAGCACUGGCUGGAUUAUUUCCCUCCCCUUGCUGUCCAGGAUCUGAAAAGCAUGGGGCUGAAGGUGGACUGGAGACGCUCCUUCAUUACUACAGAUGUGAAUCCUUACUAUGAUUCCUUUGUGCGAUGGCAGUUCCUUACAUUAAAGGAAAGAAAUAAGAUUAAGUUUGGGAAAAGGUACACAAUUUAUUCUCCAAAAGAUGGACAGCCUUGCAUGGAUCACGACAGGCAAACAGGAGAGGGUGUCGGGCCUCAGGAGUACACCCUGAUAAAGAUGAAAGUGUUAGAUCCUUAUCCUGCAAAAUUAAGUGGCCUAAGAGGAAAAAAUAUCUUCUUGGUGGCUGCUACGCUCCGACCAGAGACCAUGUUUGGGCAGACCAACUGCUGGGUUCGCCCGGAUAUGAAGUACAUUGGCUUUGAAACUGUGGAUGGGGAUAUUUUCAUCUGCACCCAGAGAGCUGCCAGGAACAUGUCCUACCAGGGCUUCACCAGAGAUAACGGAGUCGUGCCUGUUGUCAAGGAGCUGAUGGGAGAAGAGAUCCUCGGCGCUGCGCUUUCGGCACCUCUCACCACCUACAAAGUGAUCUAUGCCCUUCCCAUGCUCACCAUCAAGGAGGACAAAGGAACUGGAGUGGUAACAAGCGUUCCCUCGGAUUCUCCGGAUGACAUUGCCGCCCUGAGAGACUUGAAAAAAAAGCAGGCUUUGAGGGUGAAGUAUGGCAUCAAAGAUGAAAUGGUCCUGCCAUUUGAACCAGUGCCCAUCAUUGAAAUCCCAGGCUAUGGCAACCUUUGUGCUCCAUUUAUCUGUGAUGAGCUCAAAAUCCAGAGCCAGAAUGACAGAGAGAAGCUUGCUGAGGCCAAGGAGAGAGUGUACCUGCAAGGAUUUUAUGAGGGAGUCAUGUUGGUGGAUGGAUUCAAAGGACAAAAAGUUCAAGAUGUCAAGAAGGUUAUUCAGAAGAUGAUGGUGGAUAAUGCCGAAGCCAUGAUCUAUAUGGAGCCUGAGAAACAAGUUAUAUCAAGGUCUGCUGAUGAAUGUGUCGUGGCCCUUUGUGAUCAGUGGUAUUUGGAUUAUGGUGAAGAGAACUGGAAGAAACAGACAUUGGAGUGCUUGGAACAUCUGGAGACGUUUUGUGAAGAGACUAGGAGAAAUUUUGAAGCUGCAUUAGGCUGGCUACAAGAGCAUGCGUGCUCCAGGACAUAUGGCUUAGGUACCCGGCUGCCCUGGGAUCAGCAGUGGCUGAUAGAGUCUCUCUCUGACUCAACUAUCUACAUGGCCUACUACACAGUGGCUCAUCUGUUACAGGGAGGUAACCUGAGGGGCCAAGGAGAAUCUCCUUUAGGCAUCAAGGCACAUCAAAUGAGCAGAGAAGUUUGGGAUUACAUCUUCUUCAAGGCAGCUCCAUUUCCUAAAACAGAGAUUCCAAAGGAAAAGUUGGACAAGCUAAAGGAGGAGUUUGAAUUUUGGUAUCCUGUGGAUCUCAGAGCUUCUGGCAAAGAUCUUGUUCCAAAUCAUCUGUCAUACUACCUCUAUAAUCACGUGGCUAUGUGGGCAGAUCAGAGAGAAAAAUGGCCAGUGGCUGUGAGAGCAAAUGGACAUCUCCUCCUCAAUUCUGAAAAGAUGUCUAAAUCUACAGGCAACUUUCUUACCCUAACUCAAGCUGUUGACAAGUUUUCUGCAGAUGGCAUGCGUUUAGCCUUGGCUGAUGCUGGAGACACUGUUGAAGAUGCCAACUUCGUGGAAGCCAUGGCAGAUGCUGGUAUUCUUCGUCUCUACACGUGGGUGGAGUGGGUAAAGGAGAUGAUUGCAAACAAAGACAGCCUAAGAAGUGGCCCUGCCAACACCUUCAACGACAGAGUCUUUGCCAGUGAAAUGAAUGCAGGCAUAAUGAAGACUGACCAAAAUUAUGAGAAGUUGAUGUUUAAGGAAGCUCUGAAAACUGGCUUCUUUGAAUUUCAGGCAGCUAAAGACAAGUACCGGGAGCUGGCCAUAGAAGGGAUGCACAGAGAGCUGGUGUUCCAGUUUAUUGAAGUUCAGACUCUGCUGCUGGCUCCCAUCUGUCCCCACUUAUGUGAGCACAUCUGGUCACUUCUGGGAAAGCCCAGCUCCAUCCUGGGAGCCCGCUGGCCGGAGGCGGGGGCCGUGGAUGAGGUGUUGAUCCGCUCCUCUCAGUACCUCAUGGAGACGGCCCACGAGCUGCGGCUCCGGCUCAAGAGCUACGGGGCACCUGCAAAGGGAAAGAAAAGUACAAAGGAACCUUCCCAGAAGCCUUCUCACUGUACCAUCUACGUGGCAAAGAACUACCCACCAUGGCAGCACACCACCUUAUCGGCCCUGCGCAGGCACCACCAGGUCAGUGGAGGUCAACUGCCAGAUAAUAAAGUCAUUGCCAGUGAGCUUAACGCCCUGCCAGAGCUAAAGAAGUACAUGAAGAAGGUUAUGCCUUUUGUUGCCAUGGUCAAAGAAAAUCUGGAGAAGAAUGGUUCACGUGUUCUUGAUCUGGAGCUUGAAUUUGAUGAGCGUGCAGUUCUCAUGGAGAAUAUUGUUUAUUUGACAAAUUCCCUGGAGCUGGAUCACAUUGAAGUGAAGUUUGCUUCUGAAGCAGAAGAUAAAAUAAGAGAGGAGUGCUGUCCUGGAAAACCAUUUUCUGUAUUCAGAACAGAGCCCAGCGUGUCUGUAUUCUUGGUGAACCCUCAACCAUCAAAUGGCCACUUCUCUACAAAAAUUGAAAUCAGGCAGGGAGACAACAGAGAGACAGUGAUCAGGCGCUUAAUGAAGAUGGACAGAGGAAUCAAAG